CCAGGUAUCUUUCCUGGGCACCUUUUGGCCAGGAUCACCUUUCGGACAUCACCCAGAUCGCCUUGGUGGAAAUUCAUCACCAACCACGAACCUGUAAAGAAAGCGAACAGGACAGAAAACGGCCAUGACCCCAGCACUCCCCUCUGCCCCACCACGGGGACCAGCCUUCAAAAUCGCGUACCAUCCCUCCCUGGAACGAUUCAACCUCCCGCCUCAGUCCUACCUGGCGGACCACGCCCCCGCGAUCCCGCCGGAAAUCACGAGGUUCCACGGUCUCGCGACAAGCGCCCUCGUUUUCGAUUCUCGCGGGCGCGUCCUCCUCCUGCGACGCGCACAACACGACAGCAUGCCCGGCCUGUGGGAACCGCCCGGCGGCGCGGCCGACCUGGGGACGGACAAAAGCGUGCUGGAGGCUUGCGCCAGGGAACUGUGGGAGGAGGCCGGACUCGUGGCGCGGCGCGCAGUGAGGGUGAUGAGUAUCGCCAGGGACGUGCCGCCGGGGACGGUGUUCUGGAACCGCACCCGCGAGAGGUGCUACGUCCGGGUCGUGUUGGAACUGGAGGUCGAGGAGGUGGGACGGCAACAGGACGGUGAAGUGCCGGUGAAAAUGGACGCCGACGAGCACGAUGCUUUUGUAUGGGCUUCUGAGGAUGAGGUACGGAGUGGACACGUGCCUGGUGUGCAGGGUCCUUUCGAACUCACAUUUGGAGGGACGAGGGAGGCCCUUCUGGAGGCUUUUCGGAUGAGGAGGGACGAGACGUGAGCCACUGACAGGGGUUGGCGGUCCCUCGAGGCAUGCGCCACAUGUGACUGAAAAACGACCUACGUUGUAUGCGUGAAAUAUUCGGGACGGAUACAGGGCGGUGAAAAGGCCAAUCUUCGGGUAUGCCGGGACUUCCAGGACGGCAUGGGGAUCAUGACCUCAUCAUGCAGGACCCAUUUAUCUCUCCCUGUACGUGUACACGUACACGUACACUGUACGAAGUACGAGACUACUUAUACUAUCUUCUCUAUGAGACCUGGGCCACGCGGCCGGGCACUAGAAAUUUCGGCGAUACCUCCGG